AUGUAUAUAAGCACUAUUCUUUUGUCCCUUGUGAGCCUACCUGCCAUAGGGGAUGCCUUUAAACAAGAACAAGAUUCAAAGCCUUCGCCAAGAAUUAUUGGCAAGUCAUCACCCUUUCCACCAUCAACGCCAGGCACAAAGCGGACCGCGCAAAAGGUCUUGUCUGGCCACGUCAAGUAUAAAUUGCAAAAUCGUUCCGACUACGCAGCAAACGACCUAACGAGUAGCAGUGCCAAGACGGACCGUAUAGAUUUCUCCGUCAAUGUAGACGACCAGUGCCGCCGUCCAAGCAAUGACGGACAAGUUGAUGAAAGCUCUUGGGACAACGCGAUCACAGAUCAGAUUCCUGAAGUGGAUCGGAUGGUCUCUACUCUCAUUCAUCACCCGGAGACGGAACAGAAUUUUGACACCAACACAGCCUUCAGUGUUGAUCUAACAAUCGCGAAUCUAUUUCUAGUGGAUAAUAUCAUGCCAUACGCCGGCCCACAGCGUUUAGACCCGGCGACUGGCCAAGUCAGGGGCCACGUGUAUGUUGUGAUUCAAAAGGCCGCUGGAGGCAGCGGUGCACUUCUAGGUGAUGACAGCGUUGUCUAUUCCGCUAGAGUCCCUGGCCGGAAUAACAACGUGGUUUACACCAGUGGCGGAGCCAUGAUGAACAUGAACAGACUUAGUGUUGAAGUUGACGGCGGCCUCCACGAACCAGGCCGCUACCGCGUCUGCACCAUGGCAACAGCAGAAAAUCUGCAGCGGGUCGUGAUGCCACCAGUCAUGCGUGGCCCGCAAGACGACUGCAUUUGGUUCACCGUUGGCGACGGAGUUGUAGACCGAGAAGUUGGCAUUGCCAACCCACCGAGGGAGCUGGUCGGUACUUUGCAGCCCGUCAGCCUGGGCUCGGCGGACCAUGUCAAUCUAUCGGUUUCAUUUGAACUACUACCGGGGCUGUUGCAAGUGGUUGAAGCUAAAAGAUAG